AUGAUUUUCAAGGUGUUUAGUUUAGUCGGUAUAAUCGUUGUAUCCCUAUUCCUGUUUGGAUAUGAUGCUAAGCGCAUGUGGGAUUAUGAAAUUAUAUGGGUGGAGACCUAUUCCUCGGAUCCAGAAAAACAAUCACUAGAUUUUAACGUAAAACAAAAUCGUCUGGGUGAAGUCUUCUUUGACGGAUAUAUUUUUUAUAAUUAUAAACUUGCUAAUGGAACAAUGGUUGAGGUGAGGGCUUGGCGCAGUCCAACAGGAAACGAGAAUGAAUAUAAAACGGUCCCCUAUUUGAUACCAAAGCAAACCUAUGACAAAUUCAUGAAAAGUUACUAUGAUGACUUACUUUAUAAGAAUUUGUGCAAUUGCUCAACUCUGCCAGAACCAGAAAAUAUUUAUCCAUGGAAAAAUGAUAACUAUACCUUUAGUGGCUGCAUUGUACAACCAAAAGGGUUUCCCGAUAUAGCCCCCCAAGGUUACUAUAAGGCAAAUUUCUCUGUAACUGGGGAAGUGAAUUGGGGUUUUGUGGGAGUCGCUAAGAUAUUCGAUAAAUUCAUGCCCUAA